UAUCAAUUCAUACAAAAAAAAACAACAAGUCUUAUCCUAUCAGCCCUUCUAUUCAUAGAGCUCUGUCUGAGUCGACUCAUUGAGGGAUAUUAUUUAGUAUUCAACAGUACUUUAAAAUAUUCAGUCAUGGCACUAAGGAGCUACGUUGUUCUUCCCAUCUUCCUCGCCACCCUGUUGGGAGCAUCCUCAAGUCACAACCUCCCCCAAAACGCCAACGAUGCAUCCGAGUGCAUCGCUGCCAGAUGUGACACGCUGGACGAGAUCAACAAGCUGUGGUGCCACGAGGACCCAAGGUUCUUUUGCGUUUGCCGACCGCUGACCGAAACCAGCUGGGAGCUGCAGCCGAUGCCAUGUGCGCCGGAAACGCAGUUCAGUUUUGUCCACCAAAAGUGCGUUGCGCAUCUGGAAGAACCGGAUCGGGCCGCCUGCUACUACGCGGACACACCCGGAGACGGUAGCGGAAGUGGAAGUGGGGAUGACGCGUUGUGGUCGAUUCCGGCGGGUGGUGAAGUCAUGUUUGGCGAAGAAGAUCGGUUUGAGGGAGCGCUUGACGAUCUGGUUGAGGAUGAUGUGAUGGAGUUUCUGUUUCCGGGAAGGUUGCAGUGAGAGUGGAAUAGAAAAUUAUUUAAAAUGAAGAAUGUUUGAGAAAAAGUUUCUUCACAUUUUUUUCGGAAUGCUAUCCAUUUUAACUCAACA